GGUCAAGUCUUUUUUCUUGUUAUUUUUUGCCACCUUGCCUUGUGGGCCCAUCAUCAUCCUCAUCAUCAUGACCAUCAACAUGAUUCGUCUCUGCCUCCAUCUCCACCUCCACCUCCACGACCCCGACGAUGACAUCGUCGUCCACCACCACUCUCGCCCUGAUCACACCUUCACCCUGGAUCCCAUUCCCUACAGGUCCUAUGAAUUCCAUUUCCUUUCCUCCGAUCCCGAUGAAUUCUCAUUUUCGGAUGUGCUCGUCGUCGACGACGGCCUUGAUCUCCUUGAUGACCAGGAGAACCAGGUCAACUUCGUCAUCGAUCUCCUCCACCAGCACGUCGAGCAAUCCCAGGCAAUGUCCGAUGGUACCACUAGCAAUCAAAACAAUAACCGUGUUGAUUUGGUCUCUGAUGCAUUAACUGAUCCAGGUUUCGGUGUUAUUGAUGGAACCCAUGAAUUGGAUAUGGAUGGUUUGGAGUUAGAUUUAGGGUUAGGGUUUGGUUCUAUAGAGACACACUAUGGUAAUUCUGGUUUUGUUGUUGAAACUAUUGGUGGCAGUGAUGUUGAGGUAGAUGUUGGUGGCGAUGAUGAUGAUUUCCCUGUGGAGAGGAGGGUUUCAGAUUCAGAGGACGAUGACAAUGGGGCUUUGGCUAUAGAUUUGAAUUCAGGUGAUGAGUAUGGUAUGGAUCAUGUUGAUGGUUAUGAUGAUGAGGAUGAGAUACUGAGCGAUAUAGUUUACUAUCAUGUUUAGUUGGGGGUUUUUUUUUUCUUCAAUUACUUUGUGGCAGUUCCCCUCUCUUUGUAUUUUGUUUGAUUUCAAAUGAAAUUUUUGCAUAUUCAACACAUUGGUUUUUUCUGAAAAAGAGAAUUACAAAGAAUGGUAAGGGAAUCCAUUGAUUUUGAAUGAAAUUUUUGCAUCUGC